UCAGAUGUCGUUGUUGAAUGUAGUUUCUAAUCAUGGCCGACCCGUUGAGUUUGCUUCGACAGUAUAAUGUCAACAAAAAAGAAAUUAUUGAACGAGAAAAUCAAAUUAUUUUUGGUGAAUUUUCUUGGCCAAAGAACGUAAAGACCAACUAUUUAACAUACGGGUCCGGCAAAGAAGGAACAGCGAAAGAAUACUAUACUUUAGAGUGCCUCUUAUUCUUAUUAAAACAUGUACAACUUACACAUCCUGUAUAUGUACGACAAGCUGCUGCAGAGAAGGUUCCUGUUGUACGUCGUCCAGAUAGAAAGGAUCUUUUGGCCUAUCUUAAUGGAGAAACUGCCACAUCAGCCGCCAUAGAUAAGUCAGCUCCAUUAGAGAUUCCAACUCAAGUAAAACGUACAGCAGAAGAUAGUCUGGAGAGUGGAUCUUCUAAGAAACCUCGUUUUGAAGAAACCCAUGUUCAAAAAGUUAAAGAACAACUUGCAGCAAGACUCGAUGCUCCUAAAGAAGCAUCAGUCACAGUUGACAAUAUUAAGUCUCUUUCAGAGGCUAUGUCAGUUGAAAAAAUUGCAGCUAUUAAAGCUAAACGAUUGGCUAAGAAACGUACUACUAUUAAAGAAAAUGACGAUAUUGGCAUGGGUUCGGAUUUACGUGUUAUUCUUGAUAUGGAUGUAGACGAUACAAAAGAUAUAGUUUCGAGAGAGAGACAAUGGCGAACACGCGCAACAAUUUUACAGAGUAGCGGUAAAAUAUUUGCAAAGAAUAUAUUUGCGAUUCUCCAAAGUAUUAAAGCUCGUGAAGAAGGAAGACAAAAGGGUCCUGCUGUUCCUACGCCAAUGGUUACUCCGCGUUCUACUCCUAUGAGACCGUUACCACAACCGGCUGUUUAUAAUCGAUAUGACCAAGAAAGGUUUAUUAGACAGAAAGAAGAAACUGAAGGAUUUAAAAUCGAUACUAUGGGCACUUAUCAUGGAAUGACAUUAAAGUCUGUAACAGAGGGUACUAAUCCAGCAGUAAGAAAACCACAAACCAAUCCAUCCACGACUCCAACUUCUGGAUUAUUACCAACAUCUGCUGCUAAGCUUACGCCUCAACAGGCUGCACAAAAUAAAAGACCUAGUAGAACUCCUAUCAUCAUUAUUCCUAGUGCAAAUACUUCUUUGAUUACAAUGUAUAAUGCAAAGGAUAUUCUUCAAGAUCUGAAGUAUGUGAGUAAUGAAGAUAAAAGAGCUCAAGGUUGUAAACGAGAGAAUGAAGUUCUUUUACAACGUCGCAAAGAAGGUGGCUUGACGGUACCAUAUCGCAUCGUGGAUAAUCCACAAAAAUUAACAAAUGCAGAUUGGGAAAGAGUUGUAGCAGUAUUCGUUAUGGGACCAGCAUGGCAAUUUAAAGGUUGGCCAUUCGAUGGUAAUCCAGUUGAGAUAUUCUCGAAAAUUUGUGCAUUUCAUUUGAAGUAUGAUGAAAUGAGACUGGAUGCAAAUGUUGCACGUUGGGCUGUUACAGUAAUUGAAUUAAGCAGGACAAAAAGGCAUUUAGAUAGAGCUGCAUUAAUGAUAUUUUGGGAACACUUGGAUAAGCACAUGAUAAAAAAUAAGCCUCAUUUACGAUUUUAAUCGAUAUGACUGCUAAAAAAAAUAGUUGUCGAUGAUAGGCAACUAUUAUAAAAUUCGCAUUUUGGGUACUUUUCGUAAAAGCGAGUUGUAUAUAGAAUAUAAAAAAAAUAAAAAAUCUUUGUAUAUAUAUUUGCAAGAUAGUAUAGCAUAUAUUCUCUUUCGAAACAGGAGUUAUGUAUAUUAGAAUUUGAGUCUGCAAAUUUCAUUAUUGCUUAAAAAAGAAAGAACACAUGCCUUGUACGGAUAUAAAAUUUUUAAACAUAUCCAAAUGGAUGAGUAUUAUUACUAAUACACAUAGUGAACAGAAUUUACAAAGACAAUUGUAUGUACUGCCUUUUCAAAUAAUUUGGCAGAUCGAGAUAUUGAUUUUUUUCAUUUAAUAUGUGUAUAUACGUGUGGAUGUGUGGAUGUAUGUAUGUGUGUAUAUAUAUAUAUAUAUAUAUAUAUAUAUAUAUAUAUAUAAUUUAUAUAUAUAUUAUAUAUAUAUAUAUUAAAUAAAAUACACAUACAAAAUGAAUUAUCAUAGGCUCGUGAUAUUAAUAUAAACGCAUGUGCCUAUCGUUAAGUAAUACGUUUUAUUAAAAGCAGACUAUAUAUAUACGCCUAUACGUAUAUAACAAAAAGGAAAUGUGUAAUAUGGUUUAAUGUAAAAUGUUUGGUAUAAUAACGUACGCGAACCAAAAGUGUUAUUCAACAGUGUUACGGUGAAAAAAAGAAGUUUAUUAAAAAGCCAAAUAAAUAAAAUCUUGUAUAUGUCACGUAAUGCAUUUAAAAGCUA